GCCUGACACGAGAAGAUGGAAACACGUAAAAUUGUAGGAGUCAUUGUUGAUGUUAUAUGCAUCUUGUUGCAUGGAUGUUUGAUUACAGUUGUGUUAAAAACUAAAAAAUUACGAAAAGUUCGAUCAAACCAACUAUUAAUAAAUUUGUGUAUAGGACAUUGGUUGAUCGCAUUUUUUGGUGUGUUUGGUCAUUUUGUGCGACAUUUUAGUUGGAUUGAAUACAGCAUGUACGUUCUGAUGAUUUCAAGUUUGUAUGUAUUGACAACCGACAGAUUUGUCUCGAUUAAAUUUCCAAUGAAAUACCAAAACAUGAAUAUCUGUCUACAUCUUAUAUGGAUGUCUUGUAGUUGGAUAUUUGCCAUACUUUUUGUUAUCAUUUCCUAUCUUAAAAAAGAUAGACCCACAACACCAGGAGAUGAUAAAAACACAAUGAUGUUGUUUCUCAGCGCAAUCAUGUUUACAAUCGUUUCCAUGACAAUAAUGAACUCGAUUAUAUUUGUUGCUGUUCGGCGACAAACACGUGCUAUCGCAUCUCUGCAAGUUCAAGCCUGCCAAGGUAUGUUAUAAUUUUUUUUGUAAAACAGUCAAUCUCAUACUAGGCAAGCAUAUGGCAAAUCCCAUAAAUAUUUUUUGUUUUAUACGC